GGGCUCCCGGCGCUGACGGGCGGGACGUGCCACUCUGUCCCCACAGGGGAGGUCGUGGUCAGCGUGGAGCCCGAGGUUCCCAUCAGGAAGAUGGAGACGGUGGUGAAGCUGGAAGCUAAUUCCGACGCGGUGGUGAAGGUGGACGUGAGCGAGGAGGAGAAGGAGAAGAAGAAGAAGAAGAAGAAAGGAGGAGGAGGAGGAGGAGGAGGAGGGGAGGAGGCAGAGGAGGAGGAGCCCGACGAGAGCAUGUUGGACUGGUGGUCCAAGUAUUUCGCUUCCAUCGAGACCAUGAAGGAGCAACUCCGGCAGCAGGAAGCGGCCGCGGCAGAAGCGGAGGAGAAGGAAGAGCUGGAGCUUGGAGAGGGCUCCAAGGGCCAGGCCAGGCACAAGGACAAGGCCAAGGCACCCAAGGAGGACAAGAAGAAGAAGCAGCAGCAGGCGGCCCCCGAGCUCCCGGAGAAGAAGAACAAGCAGAAGGUCGACGAGCUGAAGGUGUUCAACAAAGAGCUGGAGUUGGAGUUCGACAACUUUGAGGACUGGCUGCACACCUUCAACCUGCUCCGGGGCAAGAUCGGGGACAACGACGACACGGCCACGGAGGAGGAGCGGAUCGUGGGCAGGUUCAAGGGCUCCCUGUGUGUGUACAAGGUGCCGCUGCCCGAGGAUGUCACCAGGGAAGCAGGAUACGACCCCACCCUCGGGAUGUUCCGGGGGAUCCCCAGCAACGACCCCGUCAACGUCCUGGUCCGGGUCUACAUCGUCAGGGCCACAGACCUUCACCCCGCCGACAUCAACGGCAAGGCCGACCCCUACAUCGCCAUCCGGCUGGGCAAGACCGACAUCAAGGAUAAGGAGAACUACAUCUCCAAGCAGCUCAACCCCGUCUUUGGGAAAUCCUUCGACAUCGAGGCCACGUUCCCCAUGGAGUCCAUGCUGACGGUGGCCGUGUACGACUGGGACCUGGUGGGCACCGACGACCUCAUCGGGGAGACCAGGAUCGACCUGGAGAACCGCUACUACAGCAAGCACCGGGCAACCUGCGGGCUGGCACACACCUACUCUGUCCACGGCUACAACACCUGGAGGGACCCCAUGAAGCCCUCCCAGAUCCUGGCCAAGCUGUGCAAGGAGGGGAAGGUGGACGGGCCGCACUUCGGGCCGGGAGGGAGAGUCAAAGUCGCCAACAGGGUCUUCACCGGCCCCACGGAGAUCGAGGAUGAGAACGGCCAGAAGAAGGCGUCGGACGAGCCGGUGGCGCUGGCGGCCCUGCGGCACUGGGAGGACGUUCCCCGCGCCGGCUGCCGCCUCGUCCCCGAGCACGUGGAGACGCGGCCGCUGCUCAACCCCGACAAGCCGGGCAUCGAGCAGGGCCGCCUGGAGAUGUGGGUGGACAUGUUCCCCAUGGACAUGCCGGCGCCCGGCCCCGCCAUUGACAUCUCUCCCAGGAAACCCAAGAAGUACGAGCUGCGGGUGAUCGUGUGGAACACGGACGAGGUCAUCCUGGAGGACGACGACUACUUCACGGGCGAGAAGUCCAGCGACAUCUUCGUCAGGGGGUGGCUGAAGGGGCAGCAGGAGGACAAGCAGGACACGGACGUCCACUACCACUCGCUCACCGGGGAGGGCAACUUCAACUGGAGGUACAUCUUCCCCUUCGACUACCUGAUGGCCGAGGAGAAGAUCGUCAUCUCCAAGAAGGAGUCCAUGUUCUCCUGGGACGAGACCGAGUACAAGAUCCCGGCCCGGCUCACCCUGCAGGUCUGGGACGCUGACCACUUCUCGGCCGACGACUUCCUGGGGGCCAUCGAGCUGGACCUGAACCGCUUCCCCCGGGGGGCCAAGACGUCCAAGCAGUGCAGCCUGGAGAUGGUGACCAAGGAGGCAGAGCUGCCCAUGAUCUCCAUCUUCAAGCAGAAGCGGGUCAAGGGCUGGUGGCCCUUCGUGGCCAGGGACGAGAACGACGAGCUGGAGGUCACGGGCAAAGUGGAGGCUGAGCUGCACCUCCUGACGGCUGAGGAGGCCGAGAAAUCCCCCGCUGGGCUGGCUCGGAACGAGCCUGAUCCCCUGGAGAAACCCAACCGCCCAGACACAUCCUUUAUCUGGUUCCUGAACCCGCUCAAGUCCAUCAAAUACCUCAUCUGCACACGCUACAAGUGGCUCAUCAUCAAGAUCGUGCUGGCCCUGCUGCUCCUGGUCAUGGUGGCCCUGUUCCUCUACAGCAUGCCGGGCUACAUGGUCAAGAAGCUGCUGGGGGCCUGAAGGAUGGGAGCCUCUCCCAUAUCCCGGCCUUUCCCUGGCUCCACGUCCGUCCUUCUCCUCCCCACAGCCCUCGGCAGCUCAGGGGCAUCUCCUCCCUGCUGCUGCUGCUCCUGGAUUCCUCCUGGACUGCUCCUGGAUUGCUCCUCUGGUCCCCCCCUUCAGGGUCUGGUCCCAUGGGAGCGGGGAUGGAGGGUGGGAUCAAUCCUGAGGCUGGGGAUGGGAUUGAUCCCG